GACACUGACUGGUAAAAGGAUCACACCAUUUUCCCCAGAUAGCUAGCUAGAUAGAUAUGUUUACAUUUCCAUAAUUGAGACUGUUCUGAUUAUCAGUAUUGAGGAGCAGCCUGACAUAAAAUACUGUAACUUUCAGAUCGCUAGUUACAAUCUUAGAACAUUAGCUAACGUUAGUUAUCCGUGCCGUGGCUGAGCUUCCCUGCUACCUUGCCGUACUCAUCCCAUUCUCCAAAUAGACAGUGAGGCAGGAUGCUGGGUCUGUGGUGCAUGGAUGCCCAACUGGGCCUUCUCACUCUGGUGCUGUGCUGCACACUGGCUCCCUUACCUGCGCACGCAUACAUCUAUGCUCAUUACAGCAAUAUGACUAACAUGUUGUUUGAGGACCUGUCUGCCUUGUUUGGAUCAUCACUACCCAAAGAGGGACUUAUGGGUGUGUUAGUAGAGUCCCGUCCACUCAACAGCUGCACUCCGAUAGAACCUCCACCACCACGGCCCACAUCUAGUGAUUCCAACACGACCACUACUAAGUACAUAGUCCUCAUCCGACGCUAUGACUGCAAUUUUGAUAUUAAGGUGCUGCAUGCACAGCAAGCAGGAUUCAGUGCAGCCAUCGUUCACAACAUGUACUCGGAGACUCUACUCAACAUGAACUACAGCAAUGAAACCAUUGCAGAGGAGAUUGAGAUCCCCUCAGUAUUCACCAGCUACUACGCCUCCCAAAUUCUCAGGACCUUCAUCAUUCCUGAACAAGGGGCCUAUGUGAUCCUCAAGCCGGAAUUUGCCUUUCCACUCUCGUAUUAUCUCAUCCCCUUCACCGGAGUGGUGGGCAUGAUCGUCCUUGUGAUGGUUGUCUUCCUGAUUGUGCGCUGUGUGCAGUACAGGAAAAGGAUGAGGAAAAAUAGGCUGACCAGGGAACAACUAAAGAGGAUCCCCAUUCACAAGUUCACUAAAGGUGAUGAAUAUGAUGUUUGUGCUAUUUGUCUGGAUGAGUAUGAAGAGGGAGACAAACUGCGAGUUUUGCCUUGCUCACACGCGUACCACAGCAAGUGUGUGGACCCCUGGCUUACAGGGACUAAGAAAACUUGCCCUGUGUGCAAACAAGGUGUAACCCGGCCCAAUCCGGAGUACUCUGAGUCCGAGUCUGAGGAUGAGAGGGCACGUGGUGGAGACGAAGAGAGGGGGGAGGGCGAAGCUGACACCGAGCGCACCCCUCUCCUCCGCCCCUCCAACCCAGGCUUCCCCUCUGGCAAUCCAGGGGCCUAUUCUGCCACUGUCACCACAGUAACCACCGCGCAGUGCCUAGCCUCUCCCACUCACUGCGACUCGCCCAUCCUGGAGUAUAAGGGCUACUACUCCCCUCAGGAGGUGUCAGAAUCUGAUACUGAGGAGGGAGUGGUAGACUCCCACCCCUCAGACGAUGACACUGCCCAGCUCAUUGGUAGGGGCACAGUGGGGGUCUGAGAGCCUGGAGGUAGAUGAGAUGAAAUUACUUUCUGCUAGCUGAAAAGGGUCAGUCUUGUCCCCCAGUGUGAUUUUUAUCACACGAAAAGAUAAACUGGUUUAUGGAGCUGUGGCUAUGAAGUUGUCUCAGUCAUAGACUUUCUAGAACACUAUUGUCACUCAAUGUUGCUAGCUCUAAGAUGGUAAAAUAAAGCCAAGAUUCUGCUAGAUUUUAGCAGUCCUUUUUAAAUCUGUCUUAAACAUGAGGCACACAUUAAGUACAGUGAAUCAGUUAAACAUUUUGCUUUAAGUCUUUGCCAGUGCACUCUAACCCCCCACCCUCCUCCUAAACUUAAUAUUUUCACAAAAUGAUGUGACAGCCAGGUAGUCUCAAUCUUAAAAGGUCAUUUCUAUAUUUUUCAACUUCAUAUUCUUCUUCUCAAGCACCACCCCAACAUCAACAUGUGAAAAUUUGCGUUUCUAUGUUCUGUAGUAAAACAAAAUAGUUUCCAAUGACAUCAUCGGUGUUUAUUGUGUGAUUUUAACCAAUUAUGAGUCGGCAUUGCUUACUAAUUGUCUACUAAUUGGUUGAUGAUGUCAUUGGAAACACUUAUCUUUUUUACUACAAAACAUAGAAACGUACCAUUUUCACAUACUGCAUGUUGUUGGGGUGGAGAUUAUAAAUAUAACGUUGAAACAUUUUGACAUUUCUCUAACUGUAGGUAUUUGGUUGAAGAAAUCCUGUCAAUGCACUACUUGACAAUUGACAUACCCCAAAUUCUUAUUUUCAAUGAACAUACCAGGAGAUAACCCACCUGAGAUGACGGUAAAAUCAAUGUAGCAUGAUUUUCUUUGGUAGUGAUUGAAUAGAGACUCAACUCAUUCACCAGAAAGGAAACUGCAGUGCUGCUGUCUCACAAAUAACACAUCUUCCCCAUGCUAGUGGUAUACUGUAACCUGUAUGCAUCUCUGUAACUGGUUUCUUUCAUGAUAUUGUCGGUAAGUGGGAGUUAAAUUUACUCUAUGGUGAGUUUCAUUCACUGUUUUAUGGAGUUUUUUUCCUCUCUGAUGGAUCUGUUGGACAGUUAAUUUGCCCUGGACCAGUAAUCAUGUGGCAUGUCAAAGGAGAAUAUAUAUAUUGUAAACCCCACUGUAAUAUGUUUUUAUUGUCCAGCAUCGUUUCUUUUAACUACUUUUACUCCUUUUAAAAGGUCUGAAUUUGUCCAGUGUAAUUUUAUUUCAACCUCUUCCAUAAAAAAAAUUCUUAAUGAUGUAAUAUUUUUUGGGUUUUCUCUCUGUUUAUUUUUGGUAUAGCUGGUCCUGUGAUAUGGUGUCCUACAGUGCCAGUCAAAAGUUUGGAAACCUACUCAUUCAAGGGUUUUUCUUUAUUUUUGACUAUUUUCUACUAUCUUCUACAUUGUAGAACAAUAGUGAAGACAUAAACUAUGAAAUAACACAAAUGGAAUCGUGUAGUAACCAAGUGUUAAACAAAUCAAAAUAUAUUUGAGAUUCUUCAAAGUAGUCACCCUUUGCCUUGAUGAUAGCUUUGCACACUAUUGGCAUUCUCUCAACCAGCAUCACCUGGAAUGCUUGUCCAACAGUCUUGAAGGAGUUCCCAUAUAUGCUGAGCACUUGUUGGAUACUUUUCCUUCACUCUCCUGUCCAACUCAUCCCAAACGAUCUCAAUUGGGUUGAGGUCGGUUGAUUGUGGAGGCCAGAUCAUCUGAUGCAGCAUUCCAUCACUCUCCUUGGUCAAAUAGCCCUUACACAGCCUUGAGGUGUGUUGGGUCAAUGUCCUGUUGAAAAACUAAUGAUAGUCCCAGUAAGAGCAAAACAGAUGGAAUGGUGUAUUGCUGCAGAAGGCUGAGGUAGCCAAGCUGGUUAAGUGUGCCUUGAAUUCUAAAGUAAUCACUGACAAUGUCACCAGCAAAGCACCAUCACACCACCACCUCCAUGCUUCACGGUGGGAACCACACAUCUGUUCACCUACUCUGCGUCUCACAAAGACAGGGUGGUAAGAAUCAAAAAUCUCAAAUUUGGACUCAUCAGACCAAAAGACAGAUUUCUACCUGACUAAUGUCCAUUACUCGUGUUUCUUGGCCUAAGCAAGUCUCUUAUUUCUAUUGGUGUCCAUUAGUGGUUUCUUUGCAGCAAUUUUACCAUGAAGGCCUGAUUCAUGCCUUCUCCUCUGAACAGUUGAUGUUGAGAUGUGUCUGUUGCUUGAACUCUGAAGCAUUUAUUGGGGCUGCAAUUUCUGAAGCUGGUAACUAAUUAACUCAUUCUCUGCAGCAGAGGUAACUCAGGGUCUUGCAUUCCUUUGGCGGUCCUCAUGAGAGCCAGUUUCAUCAUAGCGCUUGAUGGUUUUUGCAACUCCACUUGAAGAAACUUGAAAAGCUCUUGAAAUGUUCCGUAUUGACUGACAUUCAUGUCUUAAAUUAAUUAUGGACUGUCAUUUCUCUUUGCUUAUUUGAGCUGUUCUUGCCAAAAUAUGGACUUGGUCUUUUACCAAAUAGGGCUAUCUUCUGUAUACCCAGUCUUACCUUGUCACAACAGAACUGAUUGGCUCAAAUGCAUUAGGAAGGAAAGAAAUUCCACAAAUGAACUUUUAAGAAGGCACACCUGUUAAUUCAAAUGCAUUCUAGGUGACUACCUCAUGAAGCUGGUUGAGAGAAAGCCAAGAGUGUUCAAAGCUGUCAUCAAGGUAAAUAUAAAAUAUAUUUCGAUUUGUUUAACACUUUUUUGGUUACUACAUGAUUCCAUAUGUGUUAUUUCAUAGUUUUGAUGUCUUCACUACUAUUCUACAAUGUAGAAAGUUGUAAAAAUGAAGAAAAACCCUUCAAUGAGUAGGUGUUAUUAAACUUUGGACCGGUAGUGUGUAUAUAUAUAUAUAUAUGUAGUUCCACUUAUAAUAUGUAUGUAGUUCCACUUAUAAUAUGUAUAUAUAAUAUGGUCUCCUUAAAAGAGAUUCUGUCUGCUUUCUGAAGAAGUUGAACAAACUCAGGAAUAGGAACACAUUCACUCCUUAUAGAAUUGACAUAUCAGAAUUCUUGGUUAAACUCUCCUUACAUCAUCCUUUGUCUACCUGUAGAAGUACAUAUUAUUGUUAGGAGGAUAGUGUGUAUUUUAAGGGACUAUUACCAUGCAUUGUAUAUAACAUUAUAGGAUCAUAUGCACAUGCAUCAAACUACACUCCCUGAAAAGAGCAGGAGAAGAGGGUUACCAGUACUUAAAGUAUUUUAUAUAUUUAUGGGUUGUCUCCAUCACAGCUAUGAAUCUAUUGCUUUCUGUAUGCCUUUUAUUGAUUGUCUCUAUACAUUGCCUUCCUAGGAAUACCAGAAUACACAACUAUUUGUUGACAAAUUAUAUUGUGAACUGUCCUCCCAUUUCACAUGAUGUAUAUAUUUGAAAUCACUUGUGUUGGAUGAAGGUAUUUUGUCAAAAUGUACUUUUAAGCACAUAAUCAAAACAAUAUUCACAGUAGUAAUCAUGGCUAAAAGCUUCUGUGGUGCUCAUGCCAAGUAUAGGGACCAAGUUUGAAGUUAUAUUUAACUAUGUAUGUCUUCUUCAUUCAUUUAUUUGGUCAUUGUUGGUUAAUCUUUGAUUUCUGCUUUUCCAUAACCACCUUCCUCACUUUGCUGAACAUUUCUGGAGUCUUGUGACAUUUGAAGUUGGUGCCAUAAAACUAAAUUUACACACACAA